UUAGAACAAAGUCAGUGUAUUCUGAACUAGAAAACUUCAAUCAUGAAGGUUGUGAUAGUUGUUGCCUUAUUGUUGGCCUGUGCCAAUGCUUCAGUUAUUGAAACUAUUCAAAAACUGACAGCCAGCUUUGCAACACCAUAUGUUAUUAAGGGUCAAGAAGCUGAACCAAACUCGGCUCCAUACAUCGUAUCGUUGAGUAGGAAGUUCAGCAAACAUUCCCACACCUGUGGUGGUACAAUCAUCAAUAAGGAAUGGAUCGUUACCGCUGCCCAUUGUAUUUCCAAGCCCGUAGGCAUGGGUGUAUAUGCUGGACUCCAUGAACGUCUUCAAACUAACGUAGCCACUGCUCAGCACCGUGAAGUUGACUUUGGAAAAGUUCACUCAUCAUACGAAGGAAAUGUUGGACCCUACGAUAUUGCUCUUUUGCACGUUUCCGAACCCUUUGAUUUUAACGAAUCAGUUCAACCAGCUGUACUUCCAGGUUUUGGAGAUAUUCCUUCUGGCAAUGCUACUCUGUAUGGUUGGGGACAAACUAAGGCUUACAUUUUGACUGCUGCCAAAACUCUGCAGACUGUUAAGACUGAAGUUGUCGAUUGGGACGAGUGCAAGGACACGUUGCCGGAAUCAGCUCCUCUGGAUCCCAGUAACGUAUGCAGCUCAUCUCUUGGAAAAGGAGUUUCAGCUUGCAAUGGCGACUCUGGUGGCCCAUUGGUAAAGGAAACCGAAAACAGUCCAACCGAACUUAUUGGAAUUGUUUCUUGGGGAUACAUUCCCUGUGGUUCAGGAAACAUGCCAUCAAUUUACACCCGUGUAUCGGCAUAUAUUGGCUGGAUGAACGACAUUCAAAGUGCAUAUUAUAAAUUGUUCUAAAAAAAACAUGUAAAUAAAUUUUGUUGUUUACAACUUUUUAUCAUAAA